UUUUUCAGUUGCCGGCUAUUUUGAAUUUGGUAGGUAGAGCGCGAUAACUUGGGUGUCACGCCGUGUCGUAGCAACCAUUUGUAUUUGUCCACACUAAAACGAUGGCUCUCCACAUUCCAAAGGCUCCAGGCUUCAUGUCGAUGCUGAAGGAGGGUGCUAGAUACUUUGAAGGCUUAGAAGAGUCAGUAUAUCGAAAUAUUGAAGCAUGCCUGGCACUCUCUAAGUCCAUCCGAUCCACAUUUGGGCCUUCAGGACAGAACAAAAUUGUCAUAAAUCAUGUUGGCCGGUUGUUCGUCACCAACGACGCAGCUACAAUACUCAAGGAACUUGAAGUUGCACAUCCUGCAGCCAAAAUACUAGUUAUGGCUUCUCAACAACAAGAACAAGAAGCUGGUGAUGGAACUAACGCUGUAUUUCAGCUUUCUGGAGCACUUCUUGAGCAGGCUCGAGACCUCCUGAAAAUGGGUCUCUCAGUUGCUCAAGUCACCAGUGGAUUCGAAAUGGGAUGUAAAAAGGCCUUGGAAAUCUUGGAUGAACUCGUGGUGGAGAACUUGUCUGAUAUACGGUGUUAUAAAAGUGUUCUACGCGUCAUAAAGACAGCUGUAAUGAGUAAACAAGUCGAUCUCGCUGACUUCUUAUCCGAACUUAUUACGAAAGCAUGCAUUGAAACCUUACCACAAAAAUCAUAUUUCAACGUUGACAAUAUCCGUGUUUUAAAGAUUUUGGGUGCUGGUGUCAAUCAGUCGAAAAUGAUUAAAGGUAUGGUAUUUCGACGGGAAACCGAAGGAGAGGUCAAGGAGGUUUUCAAUGGAAAAGUUGCAAUUUUCUCCUGUCCCGUUGAUGCCCUUCAAACAGAAACGAAAGGAACAGUUUUACUUACAUCUGCAGAUGAACUCACAAAAUUUAGUAAAGGAGAGGAGGACUUGAUGGAAAAACACAUGCGUUCUCUUUCGGAUGCUGGAGUAAAAGUUAUUGUUAGUGGAGGCAAAGUCGGGGAAUUGGCACUGCAUUACGCCAACAAAUUGAAUAUGAUGGUAGUGAAGCUCAGCAGCAAGUUCGAUGUUCGACGUCUCUGUCAAGCAACUGGUGCAUCAGCUCUCCCUCAAUUAGUAACACCCACUCCUGAGGAACUUGGGACCAUUAGUCAUGUUUAUUCGGACGAAAUAGCUGACGCAAGUGUAGUUAUUUUUGAACAAGACACACAUGAGGGAACCGUCGUUACCUUAUUGAUUCGGGGAAGUACGGAAAACAUAAUGGAUGAUGUUGAACGUGCUAUUGAUGAUGGUGUCAACACAUUCAAGUGCCUUACACGUAGUCCUAAAUUGGUUGCAGGUGCCGGAGCAACGGAAAUAGAGCUGGCUCGCCGUCUUGCAUCGUACGCUGGUACAGUACCUGGUCUUGAACAGUAUGCUAUCAGAGAAUUUGCCCGGGCUUUUGAAGUCGUUGUAAAAGUACUUGCCGAAAACUCUGGACAAAAGAUCACUGAAAUAGUUGCUGUUUUGUACGCUAAACAUGAAUCUGGUCAAAUACAUACUGGUUUAGUCACUCAACCAAAUGGUGAAGUAUCUGUUAACGAUUCUGUUAAAUUCGAGAUUUUGGAUCUCCAUCUUUUAAAACAUUGGGCUAUUCGACUUGCAACAAAUUCUGCGAACACUAUACUGCGUGUCGAUCAGAUUAUUAUGGCACGCCCAGCUGGUGGACCGAAACCUCGUCAACCAGGAGCUAUGGAUGAAGAUUAAUAAAUAACACAAUAAACCCAUUAAUUAUAACAAUAAUAGGUUCCUGACUGCAUUUGUGUUGUUGGCUUCUCGAUUGUCUCAUUGUAAUGUAUAUUUCGAAUAAAUUACUGUGAAAAAUCUGCACUUUUUUCCUGGUUUUCAAAUGGUUUUUCAGCUAUGUUCAUUUUUGGCUUCUUC